CUGCCAUGUGAUUCUGGAAGGCUUGGGCACAUGCAUGAAUUUAAGCCUGGAAUUUCGGAGUAGUCACGGCAUGCAUUCCUUUGCAAACUGUUUCCACUCGGGCGCUCCGUGAUCCUGCGAUAGAUUCAGGUUUCUUUUUCCCCAAUAGCUUGGAAAUUAUUAUUGCUGCAACAAUGGACCGAACUCCGGACGAGCUGAUGGUCAUGAUAGCCUCGCAUCUGGAAGCGCCCCUUGCGCCGUAUGCAGCCAUCUCGCGGCGGUGGCAGGACGUGAUUGAAGCGCGGACAUUUUCCGAGAUCCACUUGACGAGCGACGAAGGCUCGCGCCUCAAGUUCGAUGCCGCCUUCAAAACCACACGCCGCCGCAGAAUGUUGCAGGUCCUCGAUUUCGAGGUCGAGCUGCCGUGUCCCUACUUUGACAAAGUCCAGGCCCGACGCGAGGCCGCAAAAAACAAUGCCGCCUUCACCGAGGCCAACCUCACCUUGUUCCAGACCUUGUCUGUCUGGGACCGUGAUGACACCAAUGUCUGGUUCAAUCUCGCUAUCGGAGUGGAUCUGGUUGGCCGCAGCCCCCGCAGCACCGACAUGAACACGAACACGUACAUUCCCCCGAACCCAGUGAACAAUUGGAUCAAGUACGUCAACUUUGACUACGCCAUCCUCAAUGCAUCAGGCGGGCUUCCUUUGGUGCUAGUGGUUUCUGCUCUCAAACUCAGCGUCAGCUAUCGGCUCUAUCACCCCAACUUACUCACCACGCUAUCCGGGGCGCUCCCCAACCUGGAGGGGCUCGACGCCAAUUUCCUCGCCCCUGCCCGUCGAUUGCCAAACAUGCGACAGUCCAUCAGGUCGUCCAUGGCCGGUUCGCUAUGUGCCAUCGCUGCGAAUCUGCACUUUCUUACCUGCUUGAAGCUUUACUGGGGGGACUGCGAGCCCUCAAGCCUUCGCUUCCCACUCGAGAGCUACAUUGGCCUCGACUCGCCCCAUGAUCGAUUCAGCAUUGCCAUCCGACGCAUCUGCCAACUGCCUACCAUGCGGCAUGUGCAACUUAUAGGGAAUUGCAUCCUGUCAGAUCAGAUCUUUGGCGGAGCCGCCGAUGACUCGGUGUGGCCGUCGCUGAAGACGAUCGAGAUCGGCAUGGCCUUGACGGCCCCAGACGCUCGCUGGUACUUUACCGGGAAUCCAGAAGAUGUGGAACCGAUUGAAGACUACGGCGACUCUGAAGGCGAGAUUCCCAACGGUUCAUCCGUUGACGCCGAGUACCCCAACGCCAUGGUCUGGGCAUUCGAGAGUCGCUGGCAGCGGGAAAACAGCAAAAACCCAUUCCACAACUUCCGCACGAAGCCAUGUGGCGCCAUCUUGGUGCCCUUUUUGACGUCCCUUGCCCGCGCAACCGCGCGCAUGCCCGCCCUGCGCCAGCUUGAGCUAGAGCUAAGUUUUGUGUUGUUUGUCGGGUUUUACCGACCCAGUCUACCCAAGCUAGAGCGCGACUAUAGCGCGACUACGAUGGGCAGUUUCUUCGACGCACACAGAAAUCAUUCGAAAUGGGUCAUCUGCUUCGAUGACGAAGCUAAAAAGAACUGGAGAUUCCCGCCCGUCCUUACUACUGCGCUGCUUGAUAUGAGCCCGCAUAUUUUUCGCGGCCAAGCUCUAUACCGAAGUUAAAAAUACGAUGCAGAUCGAUGGGUAGGACUGUUGUAGGGAUGCUGCAUGGAAUUUCGCAUCUAGAUAAGCAGGUGCUGUACAUAGAGAGUAAGUAUCUCCUGAGUAUAGGGCCUAAGCAUAGGG